AUGUAUCCCGUCAUACCCCGGCGAUACCGACAUUACGGAGGCUACCCUUCACUAUACGACCCUCCCUCACCAUUCGAUACCCCGAGCUUUGGCACUUCUAUCGGCACUUCUAGUAGUCUCAGUUUCUUGAACAACGGCUCGAACAUGCCGAACAUCGAUAUAGCGACCAAUAUCGAGCAAGCUACACGUCGACAUGUCGAUACGCAGAGGGAGUACGAAAAGGCGAGGGAAAAAUUUGAGGAAACGAAGAAGAAAAUGGAAGAGUGCGAGAAGAAGAUGAAAGAUGCUGAGCGCCUACUUUAUUUUGCCAAGUAUCGAGUGCCGGGUCGGUGA